UCGGCGUAGUGAGCAACCCACCAAAGUCCACAGCGCACGCGUCAUGACUCAUUCACUCAAAAGUCAAAUUUUACGUAAAAUUAAUAUAGUGUUGUGCAAUGUCAUAGUAAACCAAGCAACGCGAGUGUUUUAAUUAAAAAUCAUAAUUUAAAUUUUAAUCUUCUAUCGUGUAGUGUUAAAACAUAACCUAAAUGGUAUUAGUAACGGAAAUAAAUUCAAUAUAGACAUAUUUUAUCUACAUAGCAUUUAAUUAAUUAAAAGAUUAUACAUACGCGGGCGUCACAUUAGAUGAAUAUGGCUAAAAGGCUGCUAUUAAACGUAAUUUUGAACCCUAGUGUUCAGAAAAUACAACCCAUUAGACCAUUAGGAAACAUUUAUAAUAGGAAAUUUAGCACCAAAGAGGCUCCCUACGAAGAGAUAAAAAUCCCACUAAGUGCUGGACAUUUGGCUGCAAAACUAUGGAAGGGCAAAGACAACAGCAGCCGGCCUAUACUCGCGCUGCACGGCUGGCAGGACAACGCGGGCACGUGGGACCCACUGAUUCCCAUGUUGAACUCGGAACGUCCGAUCCUGGCGAUAGAUUUCCCGGGACACGGAUUUUCUUAUCACAUUCCACCCGGUGUUCACUACUACCCUUGGGAACUACCGAGGCUGAUAUAUGUAUUGAAGAAUCAUUUCAAAUGGGACAAGGUUUCACUGCUAGCACACUCCAUGGGCUCUAUUGCUAGUAUGAGAUUUGCUAGCAUAUUUCCCAAUGACGUCGACUUUUAUGUCGCGAUUGACAGUUUGAUCGCGGACGACUAUGACUUAGACGCAGUCAUAGAGAAAUAUCCCAUUUACAUCAAAAAAGUGGAAGCAGAUCAAGCACGACUGGGGACGGAGCCACCUAGCUAUACACUAGAACAAAUUAAGAACAUUUGGCAUAUGGGUACGAAAAAAUCCGUCGCCUUGGAAAGUGUACAGUACCUAAUGACUAGAGGUCUCAAAGCUUCGAGUGCUGACCCAAAUAAAUAUUAUUUCUCUAGAGAUGCUAGAUUGAAACACAUUUUGUUUACACCGGAAGACAAGAAGUUUGUGGAAGGCGUUGCUAAAAGAUUAAUAUGUCCCACAUUAUAUGUUAAGGCAAUUGACUCACCUUAUGCAACCGACGCGUUUUCUGUUGAGAUGAGGGAGUCACUUGAGAAAAACAAUAAGAACUUUGAAUGUCACUUUGUGCCUGGUACACAUCAUGUUCAUCUGAAUAAUCCUGAAAUUAUAGCUCCACUAAUUCAACAAUUCUUACAAAAACACAAUCUCAAAUAG